AUGGCCUUCGUGAAGCCUUCAUUUCAGUGGACACUUCUUUCACCGAAGCCCGUAUUGAUUAUACUGCUUGUUUUUAUUCCCGUUCCGUGCAGCCCCAUCAAGGUGACAUGCUCUGAACCCAACCACCUGGCGCUGUUGGAGGCCCUGACACCCAUCUUUAGCAUGGCCGCCAUGAGACCCGUCACAAACACGACCACCCCUACCAAUGUCAGCAUACGCUUCCUCCUGUACGGAAUAUUGGGAGUGAAUGAAAAGGCUCAACUCCUGACGACUUACCUUUGGCAGCAUUUUUGGUGGCAAAAUGAGCUGGUCAGUUGGGACCCGCUCCAGUGUGGCACGGACAAGAUUUCGCUGCCAAGAAAUAAGUUUUGGGUUCCAGAUGUCGUCAUUAAUGAAUUUAUGGAUGAAGACAAAGCUCCGUUUGUCCCUUAUGUGAAUCUGUACAGUGACGGAAGAGUGCAAGAUGCCAAACCGGCCAGAGUUAUCAGUUCGUGCAACCUCGAUAUCUACACCUUCCCCUUCGACAUACAGGACUGCACUCUCACCUUCAGCUCCUUCAUCAGCUUCGAAAAAGACUUGAAAGUGUUCUCGUCGAUGCCUGAUGAUGAGAUCACAGAAAGGUCCAAGAAUGUGAUGACCACUUUGGGGGAGUGGGAGCUGCUGGGCAUCACCACUGAAAAAAUGAGUCAUCCACAUGAUACAAACGAUUCCUUAAUGGACGAGCUUGCAUUUCAUAUCCGAUUGCGACGCAGGUCUACAUUGUACGUGGUCAACCUGUUGCUGCCCAGUUGCUUCCUCAUCACAGUGGACCUCUUCAGCUUCCUGUUGCCUCCUCAAAGUGUGGACCGCUCCUCCUUCAAGAUGACCCUCAUCCUGGGCUACACCGUCUUCCUGCUCAUUAUGAACGACCUGCUGCCCAUCACUGGAAACACCAUACCCCUCAUAAACGUGUUCUUCUCCUUGUGCCUGGCUCUGAUGGUGGCCAGUCUCCUGGAGACCAUUCUCAUCACCAACUUGCUGCUCAGCUCAAAAAACCUCCGUCCCGUUCCCAGCUGGAUCCGUGUGCUUGUUUUGCAGCUUCUGGGACGUCUUGUCGGUCAGCGCUGGGAGGCCAAAGAGGUUACAGAAGCAGACACGAGGCCAAGCCCCUUGUCGGCACAGCAAGGAGAGGAUGAGGCACCUGAAGAGGAGGAAGGACCAGAGGUGGAGGACAAGGCCCUGCAGGAGCUGAGGAGCCUGGGUGGAGACCUGAAGGUUAUCCGCCUGCAGAUGGAGCAGCAGCUGGGGGGCAGCCAGAGCGCAGAGGAUUGGAUCCAGGUGGGUUUCAUCAUAGACCGCCUGCUGUUUGGCAUCUACAUCCUCUUCAUAUCUAUCAGCUUCCUCACCAUCGUCAUCAUCUGGGUCAAGUCCUAUAGCCAAUAG